AUGAUUUUGUAUCUAGAAAAGUAUGGACUACUGCAGCAACCUAUGCUGGCUAUAGUAGAAAAUAAUGGACUCAUCAAGAAAAGUUUUGUUGUCAUUAACGAUUUCAAAUAUGAAAUCACCUCACCACUUCGAGCUUUUGAUGUAACAUACAAGAGUUUUUUCUCACUGCAACUUGUUUAUCCAAAAGAAUGUUUGAUGCCAUGGAUGGAAGUAUCGAAUUUGUCUGAAAAUACUGGUGUAGAUGUUUCCAAUUUAAAUAAUAUGAUAGAUUCUCUGAGCAUGGCCUUUGACGAUAUUGACAGUGAUAAAAAGCGUUUAGCAUUUCUUACAAAAAAAGGAUACUAUUUAACCCCAACAAAACAUCGAUUAGAUAACAGACUGCAAGAAGGCAUUGAACUUUCAAUCUCACAAGAACGGGUACAAAUUUUCUUCAAACUAGGUCUCAUAGUAGGCGACAACUUAGGUCUACAUGGUAUUUUAGGAUUUACUGAAAGCUUUAACGCUAAUUAUGCAUGCAGAUUUUGUAAAAUGAAUAAAUUUCAACGAUCUAUUGCUAUACAGGAAGAUGAAGCAUACUUGAGAACGAAAGAAAAUUAUGAGAGAGAUGUUAAUGUUCACGAUGUCAGCAAAACUGGAAUAAAAGAAAGUUGUGUGUUUGAAAAUUUACCUGGUUUUCAUGUUUUGGAUAACAUUUCUGCUGAUAUAAUGCACGAUUUGAUGGAGGGCAUUUGUAUGUUUGAUCUGUGCUCUCUCAUCAAAUAUUAUAUCGAAAAAAAGUUCUUCACUCUUGAUGAUCUUAAUUUACGUAUAGCUAGACAUGAUUGGGGCAUAGUCGAUUGUAACAAGCCUACCCCUAUUUUUCAAAAAGACUUGCUGAACGACGUUAUACGUAUGUCAGCUUCGGAAUUAUUCCAAUUCACGACCCACUUUGGAAUUUUGAUUGGUGAUUAUAUACCAAUCAAUGAUCCAGCAUGGAAUGUAUAUAUUGUGUUGCGCAAGAUAGUGGCUCUAGCCACUUGCCCUGCUUUGCAACGAGGAUGUAGUACACUUUUAAAAAACCUCAUAAAAGAACAUCAUUCCCUAGUGAUUCAAAUACUAAAAAGACCGCUUAAACCUAAAGACCACAUAGCAGUGCAUCUAUUCUCUGUCAUGAGAGAGACUGGUCCUUUAGUAAAUACUUGGGGAAUGAGAUUUGAGGCUAAACAUCAAGAGUCAAAAGUUGCUGCUAAUUCAAUACAUUCUAAAAAACUAGUAUGUGAUAGCAUUGUCAAAAAACAUCAAUUAAAAUUAGCUUGCAUACUUUACAAGCAAGAGAUAAGCUCAAAAUUCCAAAACGGCCCAUCACAAGAAAUUUCCUUUGAAGAAUUCAAGUCCUCAGUUCAAGAAAAACUACCGCAAAAAAAUGAUCUCUUCAAUGAAAAAGUUAAAAUUUUCAACUGGAUUGAAAAAUAUGGCAGUAAAUACCAGCCAGGAGUGGUCGUAUGCGUUGCUGAACAAAAUGGUCAACCUGUAUUUGGAAAAAUCAAGUCAGUUUGCGAAA